GUGUUCCACACCACCAACACUGUCCCCACUGAGAGUGAGGUUCUCUCUCGGGGCAAUCCCUUCUUGAAUGGAGAUGAAAUCCGGCUGAAUAAUACCGUGCGGGUGCAGAAUCUCACAUAUGAGCGAUUAAGCGAUAAUUCAUUUGCUUUGCAACUGGCCUAUAAGAUGAACGAUGUGAGCUUUCCACAGAAUGUUUCCCUCAGGAGUGAGACGCAACAGCGAAUUCAGGGCUCAGUCAACACUCUGAUGAACGGAUUGCUGAACCAACCUAAUGAAUCUCCUUUCACCUUCCCGCAAGCAAACUAUACCCAUCAGCCCAAUGAAAUUGAGGCCAGUGUGGAGUACGUCUAUCAGGAAGCUGACAUCAGCAAGCCAAGCGACUUUCUGUCUGCGAUACUGGGAAUUAAUGGUCCGACCACCACGACAGCUCCCCCUGUCACAAUCGUCCCCCCUGUCACAACAGUCCCAAUUACAACAGUGGGUCCUGUUUUUAUCUUUCCCCGACUCGUGUUCCACACCAACAACACUGUCCCCACUGAGAGUGAGGUUCUCUCUCGGGGCAAUCCCUUCUUGAAUGGAGAUGAAAUCCGGCUGAAUAAUACCGUGCGGGUGCAGAAUCUCACAUAUGAGCGAUUAAGCGAUAAUUCAUUUGCUUUGCAACUGGCCUAUAAGAUGAACGACGUGAGCUUUCCACAGAAUGUUUCCCUCAGGAGUGAGACGCAACAGCGAAUUCAGGGCUCAGUCAACACUCUGAUGAACGGAUUGCUGAACCAACCUAAUGAAUCUCCUUUCACCUUCCCGCAAGCAAACUAUACCCAUCAGCCCAAUGAAAUUGAGGCCAGUGUGGAGUACGUCUAUCAGGAAGCUGACAUCAGCAAGCCAAGCGACUUUCUGUCUGCGAUACUGGGAAUUAAUGGUCCGACCACCACGACAGCUCCCCCUGUCACAAUCGUCCCCCCUGUCACAACAGUCCCAAUUACAACAGUGGGUCCUGUUUUUAUCUUUCCCCGACUCGUGUUCCACACCACCAACACUGUCCCCACUGAGAGUGAGGUUCUCUCUCGGGGCAAUCCCUUCUUGAAUGGAGAUGAAAUCCGGCUGAAUAAUACCGUGCGGGUGCAGAAUCUCACAUAUGAGCGAUUAAGCGAUAAUUCAUUUGCUUUGCAACUGGCCUAUAAGAUGAACGACGUGAGCUUUCCACAGAAUGUUUCCCUCAGGAGUGAGACGCAACAGCGAAUUCAGGGCUCAGUCAACACUCUGAUGAAUGGAUUGCUGAACCAACCUAAUGAAUCUCCUUUCACCUUCCCGCAAGCAAACUAUACCCAUCAGCCCAAUGAAAUUGAGGCCAGUGUGGAGUACGUCUAUCAGGAAGCUGACAUCAGCAAGCCAAGCGACUUUCUGUCUGCGAUACUGGGAAUUAAUGGUCCAGUCACCACUACAGCUCCGCCUGUCACAACAGCCCCAAACACCGUAGUGGGCACGGUUUUUAUCUUUUUCCAAUUUGUGUUCCACACCCUCCUUCGUGCUCCGGAUGAGAGUGAGGUACUCUCCAAGGUCAUUGCUUUCUUGAACCGUCGUGCCAGCAAGCUGAAUCCAGUCAGCAUUGAUGAACUCACCUAUCAGAGAUUAACACCAAAUUCCUUUGCCUUGCGUCUGAGCUAUAAGAUAGACAACGUGACCUUUCCAGAAAAAUUUGAACUCAGGCAAGAGACGCAACAGAGAAUCCAGGAGUCGGCUAACAGUCUGUUGAACGGAUUGCUGGGCAGCCCAGGUGCAGAGCCUUUCACCUUCCCAAAUGGAAAUUAUACCCACAUGGACAAUGAGAUUCAUGCAAAUGUGACGUAUGUAUACCGGGAAGGUGACAUCCAGCAACCAAGCCCAUUCCUCUCUGCGGUAUUACAAGUUAGUGGUUUGGUCACCACUGCAGCCCCAACCACCACAAGCAGCAGCCCUGUCCUCCUACUGAUCACAAGUACUGCAGGCAGGUUCCCGGGAUGGGCCCUGGCCAUCAUAAUCCCCAUUGGUGUUGUCCUCAUCCUUCUCCCCUUCUGGAUCCUCCUGUGUUGUCUGCUGUGUGGUUGCUGUGCGGCCAUCAAGAGACGUUGGCGCAGGAGGCAGGCCUACCACCUGCAGCAGUAUGUGGUGCAUCCCAUCUGAGGGCGGAGCUCGUCGUUCAGCUGGAACCUGAAGACCAAGUCUUAUCAUAAUCAAUGUUCUAUUAUAAGUGUUCUAAGUUCAUGAUGAAUAGCAACUGCAUGGCUGGACGAUGUGAGCUAUUCAUCUUUAUUUAUUAAUAUCUGUCAAACAUGAAAAUUAUCCCAACUGCUUUGCUCCAUAAUAUUUAAUAUUAUACUUGUAUUUAAAAUGUAAAUCUUUGUUUAUUUAAUUCUCUCAACUUCUAUUUAUUAUUUAAUUGCAGGAAAUUAUGUAUCCAUAUUUAUUCCAAGUCAAUGCCAAUUAGCAGGUUAGACAUUAGAAUGUUUUUACUUCUGUAAUGUUUAUUUGAAGAAGUAAUACACAGGCAGUAAACUGUACGUUUUUUUCAAAAUAAUAAAGUGAUAAUAUUUUGAUAAUCUAUUUAUCAUGGUAUGUAGAAAUAAUCUGUACUGCUUUCUUAAUCAUGACCUCUGAAGAGGAGACAUUCAUGUAUUGUGCGAAAGUUGUCAAUAAAGAAUAUUUUUUUA